AAUGCGUAUAUUGGAUAUCAGCUUAUUCAUUCAGGGGUUAGCAAACAGAAUGUGUGUUUAUAAAUAUAAGAACAUGUAUAUUACAUAAAAGCUGCACGACAAAACGUUUUGUGGGGCAAAGUAUCUGAUAUCUGUUCCUGUAUAUUAGGAUGUGGUAUUGUGAUUGGAGUCGUAUUUUCGAUAGAAGAAGCGUUAUGAUAAAUUAUGUAUCAUUAAACUCUUUCAAACGCUUCGAUUGGAAAUAAAUGUUAAUCAUAUUUAUUUGGAUGUAUAAGCUUGUAUAAAUACAGUAUGGUUGCUUUGAUGCAAAACAUUUUUUUACGGAGACCUCUUGUUUAUUAACAAUAAUGUCUACUUUGGAUGCAGUUAUGACUUCAUCUUUAGCACAGAACAAUGACGUGGACAGCAACCACCUCUUAAUGAGACCUUGUUUUGACAAAGGGAUAUUUAGUUUAAAUGAAAAUGCUUGUAAUAAAAACGACAUAGUGGAGUCGUUACUUGAUGAAACAGGAACUGCAGGAAUAACAAGUGAUUUCAGAGAAAAAAAAUCAAUGGAGCACGAAGAAGUCGAACCUGAAUUUAGUGAUCUCGAUACCGGUUGGGCAUGGGUUGUAUUGGUAGCAAGUUUCUUCAGUUUUGCUCUUUUCGGAGGCUCCAUGUAUUCUGCGGGCAUCAUACAUAACGCCCUUUUGGAACGCUUUCAGGCUAGCGUCGGUCUCACGGCUUGGGUCGGUGCAUUACACACGGGAAUUCUAUUACUUGGAGGUUUACUAUCAACUGCGGUGGCUGACAGGUUCAGCUGCAGAACUGCCAUUAUCUUCUCUGGGCUAUUUUAUACAGGAGGGUAUUUGGCGACCGCCUUUGUGACAUGUAUAGAGGCUGCAAUAUUCACCUGUGGCAUUGUUGUUGGUAUCGGAGGUGCUCUUGGAUACACCGCUGCAACGGUAGUUGUUGGUUUCAACUUCAAAAGACGCUGCAAUCUUGCUCUUGGUAUCGCCGUUUCUGGCGUCGGAGCCGGGGCUUGUGCGUUUGUACCUCUUAUGCAAAUGGCGAAGGAAUUUUACGGCUUUUCAGGGUUUUUCAUCUGCUGUGCAGGCAUGCAGGUUAAUCUGAUAACAUUCGGGAUGCUCUGCUUUCCUAGUGAACUGGAGAAGUAUUCCCAUAAAAUGAGGCUUAGAGACUCGGACCGUUUACUCGAAGGAACAAAUGUUUUUAAGGGAAGGAUAAUGCCAUACAUUAAUAUUAUGUUAAAUAAAGGAAUAGUUUGCCUUUGCAUAAGCAUGUUUUUAAACUGUGCGGCAACGUUUUCAUUGAAUUUACAUUUACCAUCAUAUAUAAUAACAAAGGGGUUUUCAGAAAAUCAGGCAGCCUUUCUAAUUUCCUUAUCAGGGAUAUUGACUGUAUUUGGUCGUCUUUUGACCGGAGUAGUGGCUAACAUUCGAAACCGUAAUGAGAUAAUACUAUACGCCGGCUCAAUGGGAAUACUUUCCAUAGCAACAAUAGUGUACCCAUUCAUUUCUCGACACUAUGCAGGUCAACUGAUUUAUUUCAUAUUUAUGGGAAUGUUUCUAGGCUCUUGUUAUGUUGUUUUGACGACCGUCUCCCUGAUGUUUAUUGGCAUCAACUACAUUGCUACCGCGAUUGGUCUCGUAUUCAUGUUUGGAGGAGUGGGUGCGAUUGUAGGACCAGUCAUUGCAGGCAUACUUGUCGACUCCGGGGGAACCUAUGACCAGUCGAUGACAAUUGCAGGUGUUUGUAUUUUAUUAGCUGCAGUCUGUGGUGCUAUAUCGAUUUGCUUUGUUGCAAAAGGGACUUCAUUAAAGGAAAAACUAUGAUUGGAUAUGAAAAUGUAUACCGAUAUUUUCAUUACAUAAAAUGAUAUAUCAAAUAUCCAACUGUUAACUGCCCAUAUACAAGGUUAAUGACAGUUUUGGUUUUAAAUCGGAAUGGAUAUUCAUGUAUCAUGUUUGAUCAAAGCUUUACGAGCAAUUGCUUAACUUGAUGCGAUCGUCUUGUUCAGUUUCCAUGUUGAUCUUACUUUAACAAACAUGCUGUUGAAUUACGACUACGGUCAGUACACAUGUAUAUAUUUUGUUUGCAAAACUAUAGAAGUAAAUAAACAAUAAAGCUAACAAGAGGUUUUUUUCU